AAGCAACAGCGUUGCUCGUGACUGCAGUCAGUAGCUGCUCUGCCAUCUAGCGGCUCAGUGGGUUCCAUUUAUGACAAAAAAUUUGUGUAUUAUACUGCUGUGCAACAUUUAAAUGGCACCUCAGAGGUGUAAGCGUAGAAAACGGUAUGUGGAGAAGCCAUGGGUGAUCAAUGUUGAUACAAUGUCCAGGAGGCAGCGGUCACUUCAUUGUAUAGAAAGGAGGUUGACCAAGAACAGCCUUGUUUCAGGUGUAGCGCUCACAAUGUAUACCAAAAUUCCAGCCCUACGUACCAACGUUCCAUCACUGCGAAGCAGUGUUCCAGCCCUACGAACAAAUGUUCCUCCAAUACAGACCAAGGUUCCAGCCGUACGGACCAAUGUCCCAGCCCUACAGACAAAGGUUCCAGCCCUGCGAAGCAGUGUUCCAGCCCUACAUGCCAGUGUUCCAGCCCUACGGACCAAGGUUUCAGUCCUACGGACCAAGGUUUCAGCCCUACAAACUAACGUUCCAACCCUACGAACCAGUGAUACAGCCCUACAGACCAAAGAUCCAGUCCUGCGGACCAGUGAUCCAACCCUACGAAGCAAUAUUCCAACACUACGAACCAGUGUUCCAACCAUUCGAACCACGGUUCCACCCCUACGGAGAAACAAUCAGUCAAACAAACGUAUACUGAAGCCUAUAGCAUCUCCUAGGCUUCGCAAGACAAAAAUUAAAUCUAAUACUUUGCCUUUUGACAGUACACACGGGUGUGGCAGAAGCAGCACCACCAACAGCGUGCCCACCACACUCCAGCCUGUUGUUGAGGAGACUAUCGCAGCAGCCACGGCUGCGCCCACACUUGACCGUGCAGCAGGUGGGACGUCAGGGCGGAGCAGUUCAAGGAGCUCAACACCAAGGGCGUCCCCGGUGUCAAAUAAUGAGCUGAAGCAGCUGAGAGAACUACUGACAUUAGACACUGGUAUCUUACAACCAUCAGUCAGUCACCAGGGUCAUACCUCAGCCAGUGCCACGGGAGACUCUGCCAGUCAUCCAACGCUCCUUGCAGAUCUGAUCCGCGGUGGACUACGCUCCACACUGAAGGACAUAUGGUUCACACUGUACAGGCGGGGUGGGAGGCACGUCGGUUCCUCUGGCUUCGAGCAUGUGUUUGUGGGAGAGCUGAAGGACGGCAAGGUGGCAGGUUUUCAUAACUGGUUGAACUUCAGGAAGGAGGAACUGGAGGGCGACCUCGACUACAAGGGUUUUAUUAGGUUCAUCGAUCUAAAUGGAAAAGGACAGAUUGUCAAGUUACGCUUCGAAUGGCUAAACGAAGCAAAGCCUGUUGGCACAGUGUUCAUUGGCACCACUCCUGAGCUGGAGAUGGCACUCUAUACCUUGUGCUUCCUGGUCAGGCCUGACUCCUCCUGCCAAGUGCAGCUGGCAGGCAAAAAGUUCUCCAUCCAGACAUGGACCUUCACAUCGGGCGGCAAGAAAGUCAUAGGGAGUGCUUAUCCAAAUAUUUGAGUUCAUGCAGCAUAGUAUAGCAGAUGGAUCACACUACAACACCUGCCUGUCACCUAGACCCUACACUGGCCAGCUAGAAAUCUAAAUGAAAGGACUAAUGGCACACUUCCCUGUCUGAGUGAUGGUGUAUUCCUUAUCUUCCGCCAUCCACACGUAAUUCGUGAGGCCCCACAAAUUUUGUGUCCCAAGUCUUCAGCAGGGGACAUUGACACGGGUUCCUAUUACAAAUUCAGGCCGAAACACCCCAAUUUGGCUUAGAAGACGCCGAAUUAUUAACUGAAUUUUCCACGACAACCAGUGUUCGCAAAUUACAAAUGGCGUCUCUCCAAUCACCCAGCAGUGGCUGCAUACCCUCCUUCACACGAAAUUUCUCGAAGGGUCAAAGCAUCAUUUUAGCACACUUAUAUUAUUCAAAUUUACACGUGCUGAAUUUAGGAAAAUUCAAGAUUUUCCACAACUGGUACAAAUGGGACUGUAAUAGUAUUGUGACUGUGGUACAGUAUGGAACUAAUAUUUCCUAAUUAGUUCAUUUUACUUAUUGAUCCUUUAAUAUUGAUCUAACGGAUCACUUGCACUGCAUUGUUGAUCAUAUAUCUCUUGUUCAUACGAUUCUCCUCAGUGGUGUGAUGAAGGGCUUUUAAUCCAAGGAAUCUGAGUUACUCUUCACCAGCAUUGGAUUAAACAAGAUUACUUCCCAUUCCUCAAGCUUUGUAUAAUCCCUUCAGGUUUAGGGCUUCCCCCAUGAGUACAUAAUACAGCCGUAUUGUAUAUAUAAUUCAUGAUUUCUGAAAGUUAUAGGCCUGUAAUAUCCAUUAAUAUAUAAAUAAUAGGCUCAACAAAA